CAAUCCCUUAUUCGAUUGCAAUUAUUGGGCUUUUGAAGUUUAGAAAAAAGCCCAAUAACUAUGUCGGUUUCUUAUGGGAUCCCUAAAAAAUAAUGUGUUGGGGUGUUUCUGGGAUAAAGAGAUUUUAUUUUCUUAUACUCAUUCAUUCUGAUUUACUAACUUUCUCCUGCAUCGAAUCUCUUGUUUUCAUCGAAUUUCAUUCACGAUUCAAACAUAAACCCUAAUUUGGCGAAUCACACUUUAUCAUAAAUGGUUAAUAUUAACUUCCAUGUCACGUCUUCCUGAUUGUGGUUAAUUUGAUAGAUUCCAAAGAAUGGAGGACGUCAUGAUGAAUGAGGUUGCAAAAGACAGUGAGAGCUCCAGUGUUAGGGCACUCGCUGUGGCUCUACCAUCGCCGGGAAAUGAAAGCUCUGCACCAACUGACCCGCCUCAUGAACCAUGGCCAGUCUAUAACCCAACUUACGUUUCACACGACUGUGGAGCACUUUACGCCAACACGUCACCAUGUUAUUAUGACUUUGUACCAUCGGCGCGGCCGAAAUCAGAAGGACGUUGCGAUGCUCCUUCUUUCUCGCCGACAACACCAAAUUACGCUCCCCCUCCCCCCGGCCGCAUCGACCCCGCUGUUGCCACUAUGUUCUAUGGUCCUAUUGGUGAACAAAAUCCGAGGGAGGUUUGGCAUGGGGAGAUGGGCAUUUUUGGUAGAAUUGGGCUUGAUUGCUACAAUCUGCAAAAGGGGACAAACUUACAAUAUUUGGGUCUACAUGAUUCAAUGUUUACCGGAGUAUUUGCUCACCAUAUAACAGCGGCGGCAAAGGAUCCAAUACGCAAUUCCAAUUGCAAGGUUGAAACAAAUGUCUGGUUUAGAAAGAAGAAAGAUUGCUUCACUCUACAUACAAACCGCUGCAGAAUGGUUCCGCCAGCUCCAGCUGAUGACUACAUGGGUGACUAUGAUGAAGGCAACCAUGAAGCAGAACUUGGGAUGCCCGACAAGUGGUUGCCUGAGGAUGCGCUAACGGGCAGUAAUAAGCUGCAAUACUACGAGAUGAAAGAGUCAGAGGUGGAACAAGAGAAAGAACGGCUUCUUCUGUACGCGGGUUUCGCCUUGUUCGCCGACUACCUACAGUACACGGGAAAGGUCCUUGAGCUGGGAAAGGUGAUUGUGCAAACCAGUGAAGCUGUCGAGUCGAAGGUGAAGGCGAAGAAUGCAAUCUUCUAUGUAAGCUUCAACAUUGCCGGCUAUGAUCUAGUAACGUUCAAUGGUAUCGUAAGGAGAGGAACGGAUGGAGGGCCAGAUCGUUUUACCUAUGAAGCCAAGUGUUUCAUGGACGCAAGGCAGUAUCGUUGAGUCCCUAUAAUAUGUAUCAAGAAGUAUAUUAUCGAACCUAUGGCUACGUCUUAUUUGCUUAAUCUUUUAAUUAAUUUCUUACUGAGACAAUGAGAGUUUUAAGGUAAGUAACGUUUGACGUGAGAGAGACUCCCCACUCCCCAUAUAUAUUAGUAUGUAUCUCUCAGAUGGUGGCUACGUCUUAUUUGCGUAAUGUUUUACUAAGUUUUAAACCGGUCUUUUUUCAUAGGCUCUUUAGCUCUUAUUUGCUUGAUGUUUUGCUGAGAUAAUGAGAGUUUUAAACCGGUCGAUAGAUUGAUGAUAUGUGAAAUAAAUUGAAUGAUAACAUUGUUUUUAUUCCAGUUGACGUGUCAAUUUCUAAUAUGAGCCCUUUAUAUUAAUUUGC